AUGGCGACAUCCGUGAGCGCAAGCAGCAGCCCGAGGCCAAGGCAGCAUGAAGUCGAGAUGUACGCACACGCCUUGCGCGCUCGCCUCCAACUUGCCUCGUUCAAGGCACUCAAUGGGCUGGGCAAGUCCUCGCUCUCCGACCUCACAUCCACCGCUUCACUGGUGCAGCCGCUCGCACCGAGCCUCGUCACCAACAAUCAGCCAACAGAACAGUCGCAACCCAGCUCUUCGCCAGCGAGCACACCAGCGUUGUCCCAAGGCGAAUCACUGCCGUCUUCCUCGCAGUCCUCUACACGCUCCACCAGAUCGAUCUACAUGGAUAUCUUUGGCACCGACUUCCGCUCUACACCUUCCUCCUCGUCGUCGUCGUCGUCCAAAGGGCUGUCGAGGGCGACGUCGUUUGCCUCUGCCUCGACUCCAUCCAAGCGUCCCUCCACCUCCACCCCGUCCAACUCCGACACCAACUCCAACUCGACCAGAUCGCUGCUAGACAAGGCCGCGUCUUCACCGCAGCUUGGAUCGCCGGAGAGGAAGAACGGCCACUUUGACUGGCACAACAACCCCACGCCAGCCAUGGUUGCGCACGAGACCAAGCUGGCUGCCGGCGAGCCAUUUGCCCUGCCCACUGGAUCGCCAUCGAAACGUCGUCGUGAGGCCAGUCAUAAUGCGCCCUCCAACAACCCGCUGCUCAACACGCCGAGACGAUCGAGGAUGCAGAGCAGCGGCGGCUUCCUGCCCAACGGUCAUCCGGCUUCCUCCCUUGCUCAAGAUCUGGGUCUCACAGCACCACGCACGCCCCGCUCGCGCCAUGCAUCCGGCCGCCAUGUCUUUGCAGUGCAACCACAGCCCUUCGGCGGGGAGCAGGAUCAAGCAGAGCGAGACCGUGUCGCCAACACCCUCGCUGCACUGGCAGAAGCACGCAACGCCAGCAGUGGCUCCGACUCGAGCUCCAGCAGCGACCGACCCCACACGCCGCCGCCUUCGCAGCACCAGGCAGGUCUCGGCAUCGGCUUCGCCAGUCCCUCCGUUCGUCGCAACAGCACGUUUGCGCAGCCGCACAGCAGCAAGAGGCACAAGCGCAACGUUUCGUGGAGCGUCCUGCCCGCCGAGCUGCACGAGGAGGACAGUAGGAAGGCCGCCGAUGAGGAGCAAGCUGAGGCUGAGGAAGGGGAGGAUCGGGCUGCAGCGGACUACCUUCUCUUCCUCGCAUCGUCGCCGUCGCCAUCGUCGAUCAAGCGUUUCAGCGCCGACACGGAGACCGUGGGCACCAACGGCAUCCUCUCGACGCCUGCGCAGACAUCUCUGUGGGACCCAUUCAACAGCAGCGGUGUCGAGCAUUCGAGCGGUCGACGCAGCCGAAUGCAGAGCAGCGCCGGCGGCAUCCACGGUCUCGGCCUCGGUCCGAGGCACACCAACCUCUCGUCGUCGUGCACCCCGCUCACCCCGCCGCCCUCUGCACGGAAGCACGUCCGCGAGAGUGUCGGCGAGAUGGUCGGGCUGGGCUUCGACGCGCACACGCUCUCGUCUGCCACGCCUUCGCCCUCGAAAGCCGCCGCCAACGCCGAAGAGUACAUGCUGCAGCGUCGUUCCUCGGGCGCUGGUGCACGCUCACCCCGCACCCCGCCAUCGACAUACCUGUCGUCGAGGCAGUUUGACAGUGGCAGCUUCAUGCCCUCCACCCCGCCUAACGCUCCCGGUGCUCCUGGAGGAGAUACGACAUUCCACUAUGCCGACUUUGUGAACGUCUCGCCUAGCCCACAGCCGCCGUCGACGGGCAGGUUCCCGGGUGCGGCCAGCGCCUACCUCGGCUACGCAGCCAGAGGCACGCCCACCAAAGCCAACCGAUACCGCUUCGAUCCUAGACACGCCUGA